AUGGACAACACCACGAGUGUAUUAACUGACGACGCGUUCCUCAAUCUGACAACCAUCGGCACUCCGAUACCGACGGAGCCAUCGGGUGCGGGUCCCAUCGUUGUGGGGGUCCUGCUGCUCUUGGUAGUCAUCAUCACUCUGGCUGGAAACAUCCUGACCAUAUGUGCCUUCGUUUCUAACAUCCUCCUCCGCCAGAAGCCUAGCAAUCUUCUCCUGCUCAGCCUCUCUUGCUCCGAUCUGGUGGUCGGGGCCACGGGGCUGCCCAUGGCCGCCAUCCACACCGGCCUGGGCUACUGGCCGCUGGGAAAGGCCGGUUGCAUCACACUGGCAUUCUGCUCCGUCGUCGGGGUCUCGGCGGGGAUGUACACGGUCACGGCCGUCAGCCUCGACCGCUACUUUCUGGUGUCCAGGGAGUACCCAGCUUACCUGAAACUCCAGUCUGCCCGCAACGUUAAGGUGACCAUCGCCGCCGCUUGGACCGUGGCCGUUCUGAUCAGCUCAUGCGAGGCCAUCGUGUGGGUGACUGGCGACUACACCUCCGUGGAUUACACCAAGGUUUGUCUGUCUCCCGUGCGUAGCGAUCCUCGAUUUACGCAUGUCAUCUUUGUCCUGCUUUUCGUCAUCCCGUUCUUGGUCAUACUGAUCUCAACCCUCCGGUUCUCUUUCCUCCUGCGAAAGCGCUUGCGGAAGCAAAAACAAGCCCGCCGACCAUCAUUUGAUGCUGUCAACAACAGGCUGGCCCCCGCGAAAGGCGCACACAAAGUCUCCAAUUCCGCAACGAGCACAUUCCUGACCUCCGAAUUUCCGAGUGAGAUGGAGACCACCGAAUUCAGCAGCGGGCUCGGCUCCCAACAGCAGCCGCCACUCAGCCCCAACCAAAAUGCGGAGCCUCGCCGUCCCUUGAAACGCAAGCCCUUGGACGCCUCAUGGAGGAAGAAAUCUUUCUUCGGUAUGGGCGACGGUUCACUGGGAGGUUCCUUCUCCCGCGCCAAGGCGAGACGCAGGUACGUGAAGCCAGCCGUGCGGUUGGCCAUCCUCCUCGGGGUGUUUGCGCUCUGCACGCUGCCCUACCCAAUCUUCAUCGUCCUGUCCAAGGGCUCCGACUGCGAUGACUGUAUCCUCAGACAAGUCAGGAAUCAUCUCUCCAACCUGUUACUGUCCAACUCGGGUCUGAAUCCCUUUCUGUACGCAGUCAUGCACAGGCGAAUUAGAGAGUUUUACAAGACGAAGUUGACUUGUAAAAGAAGGUGCUGUUAG